AUGCUUAAUAAAUUCGCAACUAUUCUAUUUAUCUUUCUAUAAAUAUUUAGAGAAGUAGCAUCCUAAGUAUCUAUCAUUAAAAAAGACUUUCUUUAAUAUAACUGCUUAAGUAGUACCAAUGGUACGUGGUAAUCACUAGAUGAUGGAUUGGCUGUGACAAAUUGCAAUAAUGGCUGCUAUUUAAAAGGUAGCCCAAGCUCCCCAAUUGGCUUAUUAAUUGACACAAGAUUAACAGUGAGCGGAAAUAUAGUAUAUAGCUAUAAUAUAGGAAGUUUGACUUAAUAUGCAGUAAUUGUAGUAGAUGUUUUAUAUUAUAUUAACAAUGGAGCCUAUUUAAAAAUAGAUAUAAAUUCUUAGGUUUCUCAGACUUUUAACCCAGGUUCUUAAUCUUUGUACGAUGAUGCAAUUACUGUAGUAUGUAGUGGCUAAUAACAAUAUAUUUAAAAAGCCUCUAUAAGUCUAAAUAGAGGAUCGAAUCAACUUAUAAAUAAUAAUUUAUAAAUUACAUUCUCUAAAAUUAUUUCUAGUAACCCUAAUACAUCUAUUUUAGGAAUAAAGUCAAUUUCAGUUUGGUUGAGCUGCUCAAUAAACUGCAAAGUAUGUUCAAAUGAAUUAAAUUGCUAAUCUUGCAAAAAUGGCUUCAAACUCUUUACACUUCCCUCAGGAUAAAUUGUAUGUUAGUAAACUUAAGGAUGCUCUAAUAACUGUUAUUUAUGUGCUGUAAGCUCAUCUGAAAAUGUUUGUGCAUAAUGCAAACCGGGUUAUCAACUCUCUAAUAGUAACUGUGUUUUACCUGCUUCAAGUUAAGCUUGUGCAUAAGGUCAAUAUUUCGAAUCUGGAUCAUGCAUACCUUACAGUUAAUAGUGUACUUAAUAUUACUCUGGUAAUAGUUAUGGUAGUUGUGCUGCAUAAGAAACAUUAGCGCAGUAUAGUUGUCCUUAUGAACAAUAUGUAAUAAUUUAUCCGGAUAGUAACCACUCUACUUAUAGAUGCGGUUGCAAGAUGAGUUAUUGUAUAGAUUGUUAUCCUGUUGGUCCUGGUGGAUCAUGCAAUUCGUGUGAUGAUGGAUACAAUUUUUCACCAUAAAAUACUUGUUAGUCUAUAUGUAAUAGUAAUUAAUACUUAAGCAGCUAACUAGAUUGUAUUGAUUGUGGUUAAAAUUGCAUAAAGUGUAAUUAAAAUGGUUGCUUACAAUGCACGAAUUCAUCAUAUUACAUAGAUUCUAAUAAUUAAUAAAAUUGCAUAUAAUGUUAGAUAGAUAAGUGUAGUGUCUGCUCUUCAAAUGGUAAGUGCUCUAUUUGUAAUUCUGGUUAUUAAUUAAGCUCAGAUUUCUUAACAUGCUAACCACCAUGUGCUUCACCAAACUGCGCAACUUGUUUACAAGGAAGUUCAACUAAUUGUUAAACAUGUAAUUCUUAAUAUAUAGUAAAUCCAAGCACUAAUCAGUGCAUAUCUAUAAAUUCUUGUAUAGUUGCUAAUUGCUAGACAUGUGUUUCUUAAAACCCCUUGACUUGCAGUACCUGUUCUCCUAACUUUUACCAAAAUUCAGAUUCCAGUUAAUGUUUAUCAUGUGCUGUACAAAAUUGCUUAUAUUGCCUUUCAAAUAAUUACUAAAAGUGUUCCUAAUGCAACUCAAAUUUUUAUUUAAAUUCAGAUAAGAGUUAGUGUCUUCCUUGUAAUGUAGCUAAUUGCUUUUAAUGCAUUUCUAGUAAUUAUUUAUAAUGUCAAAAAUGUGUAACUGGGUACUAUCUCAGCAUAGAUUAAUCCUAAUGUAAAUUAUGUAGUGUAAGUAAUUGCGCUACUUGCUAAGAUAACAAUUAUUAACUUUGUAAAACUUGUUAAAGUAAUUAUUAUAUCUCUGCAGAUUAGCAAAAUUGUAUUUCCUGCACAGUUCCUAAUUGUAAUUUAUGUGCAACAAAUUUAAAUUUAUGUCAAACAUGCAAUAAUAAUUUUUUUUUAUCUGCUGAUUAAUCCUAAUGCCUAUCUUGCUAAGUGAAUAACUGUUAGCAAUGUACAGGAUCAUAUGAUAAAUGCUAAAAUUGUUAUAAUAAUUUUUAUUUAACUGCAGAUUAAUCCUAAUGCCUAUCUUGUUAAGUAAAUAAUUGUUAGCAAUGUAUAGGAUCAUAUGAUAAAUGCUAAAAUUGUUAGAAUAACUUUUAUAUAACAGCAGAUUAAUCCUAAUGUCUUUCAUGCUAAGUAAAUAAUUGUUAGUAAUGCAUAGGAUCAUAUAAUAAAUGUUAAAAUUGUUAGAAUAACUUUUAUUUAAAUUCAGAUUAGACUUAAUGUCUUCCUUGCGGUGUAGCUAAUUGCUCUUAAUGUAUUUCUAAUAAUUAUUUAUAAUGCUAAAAAUGUGUUACUGGGUAUUAUCUUAGUAUAGAUUAAUAUUAAUGUGAAUUAUGUGGUGUAAGCAAUUGCACUACUUGCUAAGAUAAUAAUUACUUGCUUUGUAAAACUUGUUAGAAUAAUUAUUAUAAUUCUGCAGAUUAAAAGUCUUGUGUUGCAUGCACAGUUCCUAAUUGUAAUUUAUGUGGAGCAAAUUAAAAUAUAUGCCAAGCAUGCAAUAAUAAUUUUUAUUUAUCUGCUGAUUAAUCCUAAUGCCUGCCAUGCUAAGAUCAUUUGAUAAAUGCUAAAUUUGUUAGAAUAACUAUUAUCUAAAAGCAGAUUAGUCUUAAUGCCUACCUUGUUCAAUACAUAAUUGUUAAUAAUGUAUAGGAUCAUAUAAUAAAUGCUAAAAUUGUUAGAGUAACUUUUAUUUAACAGUAGAUUAAACCUAAUGCCUACCAUGCCAAAUGCUAAAAAUGUUAGAAUAACUUUUAUUUAACUGAGGAUUAAUCAUAAUGCUUAACUUGUUAAGUGAAUAACUGUUAAUAAUGUGAUGGGGCAUACAAUAAAUGCUUGAAAUGUAUAAAUAACUUUUUACCUAAUAGUGAUAGCACUGAUUGCCAGAUAUGUCAAGUUAAAAAUUGCUAACAAUGCUCAAGUUAGAAUUAUAAUAUUUGCUAAUAAUGCUCAUAAAAUUACUAUUUAAACUCUUCUGAAACUUAAUGCUAAUCUUGUGGUGUUUAGAACUGUAAAUAAUGUUUUGCAAAUAAUUAUCAAUUAUGUUAAAUAUGCAAUGACGGAUAUCAAAUAUCAUCAGAUAAAUUGUAGUGUACUUUAGCAAUCAUCCCAACUCCUUAAUAAAACUCAUUUUAAAUUAAAUAAUAAUUGUUGGAUAAUGGAUAUAAUGUAACUAUAAAUUUUAAAUAUCAACUCCAAUAAAAUAGCAUGACAUAGUCUUAAUUAUUAAGUAUAUUCAGUAUUUCUAUUUCUGGCUUUACUUAGGAUCAAUAUAUCAAGACUUUAUAACAAUAAUCAAAUUCUACCAUAACUAUCAUAAUUAACCCUUCAACUAAUAUAAAAAACUCUAAAAUAAAUGUAACAAUUGUUGACAAAAGUUUUAGUUAUUAAAAUUCUAUUUCUGUUGUUACACAAACAUAAGAUCUAAUUCCUUAUGUAUUUUUGUCUGAGUCUCAAAUUUAGGUUUCUUAAAAAAUAGCUAGUGUAGGAUAAGGAAUAUCAAUAACUUUGAUAUCUUCUAUCAUACCAUCUAUGUUUUUAGGAAAUAUUUAUAUCAUCUGUAAUACACUCGAUAUUACUGGUUUCUUAUACUAUCUUAUGUUUUUAAAUAUUAGAUUCCCUUUAAAUAUAGUGAAUUUUUAUGAGCUAUUUAAAAACUUUAAUUUCCCAUUUGUGCCUAAUCUUUUCUCUUUUAUUGUAGAUCCUAACUAUUACUAAGAGUCACCACCCAAAUUUAUGGAAAUGAACACUGAUAAUUAUUUUUUGAAUAAUUCUGGGUAAUAUUUUACAAUUUACUUAGCAGGUUUCGGAUUGUAUCUUUUAGCUAAAAUAUUUUCUAAAACUUCUAUAAAAUAUAUAAGUUCUUAUUGUCAAAGAGCGAUUAAAGAAACAUGGGAAUAUGGAGCAAUUAUUGAUUUAAGUUGGUCAUUCUAUAUCUACUUAGUUGUAGGAAUACUUAUUUAAUUUAAAACAUACAACUUUGAUGACAAAAACUCAUACAUAGUUAACUAUAUAUUCCACUCAUUGUGUUUUAUAGUAUUUUUUGGUGUCCCUUUUUUCUAUCUUUAUAAAAUUUAUAAGAACUAAAAUAUCAGUAUUGAUAAGGAUUUUCAAACAAAAUAUUCUUCUUUAAUAAACGGAUUAAAGCUCCCUGAAAUUCCAAGUGAUGAUAAACCUUUGAAAGAAAAUGAAGUAAUAGAUUUAUAAAAUUAUGAUUUUUAAGCAAAGUCUGUUAAAAACGAAAAUUAAUUUGAAGAUAAAAACUUCAAUUAAAUAUUUAAUUAAAAAAUAUGUGAGGCUCCUGAAGAAUAAGAAGUAAUAGAAUAAAAUAAUGGUAAAUAAUUUAGUGUUUACAAGCAAGAAUUUACUAAAAAAAGAACUAAAUUUACCUCAGUAUCUCCUUAGAUUUCAGAUAUAAGAUUGAGAUAGUUUUCUAGCUUUUUAAUUAAUUUCUCUGAAGAGAAGAAAUCUUUUAGAGAGUUGUUGAUUUACAAGUUUAUAUUGACUCCAUUUAAAAGUAAAUACGAAAAUGUACAAUUUAUCACAUAGGAAAUUUUAAUGAUUGUCAUUUAAAUUUGUGCUUCCUUGCUUGUUAAGGAUAGUUAAGAUGAAAACGAAGAUACAAGAAUGAAAAUUGGAUGGAUAAUUGUUGCUAUUAGUGGAUUUUUAAUAGCAUAUUUUACACUUUUUAUUAUUAAGGAUAUUAUAGUAUCUAUUUUUUAAUUAGUUAAGUCACUUAUCAUAUAAAUUAAAAAUAAAAAAAGUAAAUCUAAGGUAUAACCAGCUAUAUUAAACUCAAUCCCUAUAUAAAUAAACAAAGAAAUAGAUUAAAAUAUAUUUAAUAAUGGCAAGCUGGAUAAAAAUUUAGGCAAUAAUGAAGAUGUAUAAUCAACUAGUAUAAUCUAUCAAACUCCUAAUGUGUAAAAGAAAAAGGAACUCAGUUUUUUCCUAAAGCAUUUACAAAAGUAGUCAUAGCCUAUAAUCUACACAACCAUGUAGUAUCUAAAAAGUUGA